UUGUCCCAUCCCUGGUAGUGCUGUGUGUAAUGGUAAUUUCCCGCAAGAAUGAAAGUGCUGCCCACCCCGAGCAGCCCAUUUGCGUUGCAUUUUGUCUUCGCUUUCGUCGUUGCUUCGUCUUCUUGCUGACGAAAUCCGCCUGUGAUCCGCAAUGGUGCCACCACCAACCUAGCCGUGUGUGAGGUGAAUGUCACACACAGUGUUGGCGAUCAAAGUGCGCGCAACCAGUUUUGAUUGAUAGUUUUCGUUGGCUUUUGCGAAACCAUCGUUCCGUCGUGCUUAUAAUAUCUGCAAGAAAAGUUGAAUUUAAACGUAAGCAAACGAGGCAGCCAACCCUACCAAUGGUUAUGUGAGUGUUCUACCAUUUCUACUCACCAUCACGACAAGCUUUCUCAAAAGAAAGAUAAAAUGGCUUCCGAAAUCGAUGAGCAGCUUCGGCUGGAAGAUACGCUCAAAACGCUCGAGCAGCUGCACGCCGACCCCUCGACCCGCAGCAAACUGUCAUCCCUCACCGGCAAAAACCCGUUCCGCACCGAGCUGGACAGUGGCGGCGAAACGCGCCUGAAGGAUCGCCAGCUGAUAAGGAAAAUAUUCGGCAACCGGUGCGAGUGUGGUGCGGAGCGGGCCCCGCUCGCCGCGACCACGCUGCACCACGGCAAACACAGCGCCUCGAUGCACCUGGAGCACGGUAUCCGGAAUCAGCCCACCUUCAAGCACAAGCACCGCACCGAUCGGAAAACGAUCGUGCGCGAUUCCAUGCUGCGCAACAUCGGCCGCUGUGUGCACCAGAACCUGCGCAAGGCCAUGGCAAACGAGGGCAACGCGAGCGUGGUGCAGGCCGGUGCAGCACUGAAACCGUCCCUGUCGGAGACGAAUCUUACCAAAUGCUUCGCCAACGAGGCCAGUGACGAUUUGCUCGAUUUUAGGUUACUGAUUGCGCAGUGUAACGAGCUGUCGCCGGCGGUCGCGGGCUCGUGCUCGUACCGGCCGGUGGACGAGGACGCACCGAACUACACGCACAACAGCUUCCGGGCACUGCGCUCGACCGAGCUGACCUGGCAGCAGCUCAGCCGGACGACGGCCAGCGCGCGGCACAACCGAAAGCGGCAGCUGAAAAAGUCCAACAGUACCUCAUCGCUCGACAGUGACGGCAGCGGCAGUGCGGAGGCACACUUCAAGGGCAGCCGUACCCGGUGCGGCACGUCGCAGGGCAGCGUGACACCGCCCGAUGGUGGUGAUGGUGGGCUCGGCAUGGCGUCACUAUUACCGGCCCUACCGAGCGGUAGUGCGACGGUGCCGGGCGUACCCAAUGGUUCACCGUUGGCCGGUGGUAGCAGCGGCAGUAGUAACGGUGCUGCACCAUCUGCUUCCUCGUCGGCUGCAGCGUCCUGUUCGCAGCAGGCCCGCCUUAACGCCAUGCCGUGUGAUGUGACGAUCGACGAGAUGGCGAGCUACUUCGAGACGCUCGUUUACAUCCCGAAAAAGAUGUCGACGAUGGCGGAGAUGAUGUACAUUUAGGGUGUGUUAGGGGGCGAGAAGAGGAGGCACUUACCACGUGUGCACGGCACCGAUCGCGCGAUCUGGUUCCGCGCUUCGGGUGGUAGUGGUUCGGUUCGUAAAACGGUGUCGUGUCCUGUACAUUUAUUUCACUAUUCCUUUGUUGGGUGUUGUAAGCAUUACCGUAACCGUGUCGUUCUAUGGGUCCCGCCUGUUGUGUCCGAUGUAAGCCUGCGCAGGAACCGUUCCUGCGGGCGAACCGCGUAUCUAGGCCAUGUGAAAUUUUAUUAUUUUUUUACACUAAAUCUAUCUGUAGGCAAUUUUGUUCUGUUGCUUCCUGCAAGCACGCUCCUCAAAUGCAAAGCAGUGUGGGUGAGUUUAAAUUAGCCAACAAUACACAGCAUACUCUUCAGAACUUUGUAUGGAAAUAUCAGUUAGUUUAAUGUGGAAUGUCUAUAAUUCUGGCCAACGCACCUGCGUACGCUGGUUUUACUAGCAUGUUCGAACGGGAUAAAGAGUAGCGAAAAAUGAAAAUGAUCUGUAUAACUGUCCCUAUGGAAAUGGGUUUGAUUUGAAGAGGCCACACUGAACAAAUCGAUAGAACAAUUCCUUCUGCCAGUGUCUAUGCUAUAGAUGGGGAGUCGUGCUAGAUAGAUAGAUGUUGCCUGCACAGGUACGCGACCUCGAAUGUGUGUGUGAGUGUGUUUUGUUUUCUCUACCAACAGUUCAGCCUAUUUCGAAGGGUGACGAUACGAUCAAUAUUCCCGGGUUUUUCCAUUUAAAUGUAAUCCUGAACUCUGUAAUCCUUAUUUUGUGUCGCAUGGUCACACUUUUCAUUCAUGCUGCAUUCAUUGUCGAUCGAUCGUUCGGUACGUCAUUCUAGUGAAAAUGUAUUCCCAGGUGUACUCUAUCCAUGUAUAAGGUAUUGCUCUGUCCUUAGUGAUAAGCUUUUAUUCUCUUUCUCAUAUGUUAUGCCACAACCACAGUCAUAUUUUAUGCGCAGUAGUAAAACGAACAAAAAAACAGUCUCUCUCUUUCUCUCUAGAACCGCGCAGCACCUAGAAGAGCAUGAAGAUUAGUGUAAGCAAGGACAUUAGGAACGGGUGAGAGAAGGGGGGGAAAUGUGUAGAUCGAAUUUAUCAAUCGUUCUUAAUUUUGUAUUCAUUGUUUUACUGAAUAAAGGAAGCAUAUGAUUCCAGGUUUAAAA